AUGCUCGAGAUAAAUUCUGACAGUUGGACAAAGGUGGCCAGCAUAAUAUAUCUUGAUUUACCUGCUGGGUGUGGAUUCUCUUAUGCAAAAACUCCUGAAGCUUACAUAACAAAUGAUAUUUUUUCAGCGACACACGCAUACCAAUUUCUGAGGAAGUGGCUUGUGGAUCAUCCAAAAUUUCUCAACAAUCCAUUGUAUGUUGCUUCAAGUUCCUAUGGUGGUAUAUCGGUGCCAAUAAUUGUUCACGAAAUAUAUAAAGGUAAUGAAGUUGGAGAAAUGCCAAAAAUUAAUAUCAAGGGAUAUUUGCUUGGUAAUCCUCUAACAGACAUAAAUGGUGACUACAAUUCAAAAAUCCCAUAUGCUUAUCGAAUGGCACUCUUAUCAGAUGCAAUCUACAAGUCAACUCAAGAAAAUUGCCACGGGGAGUACUUUAAUGUAGAUCCCAACAGCACUCUAUGUAUGCAUUAUCUUCAAGUGGUACAUAAGUGUCUCGAGAGAAUUAACAUUCAACAUAUUUUGGAACCUCAAUGUGACAUUGCAAAUACCUUAAAUUCCAAUCUCUAUAAGAGGGGUUUAAGAUCUUCUGAGAAAAGCUAUAAAGAUAUUUGGACGUUACCUCAAGCUCAUAUACAACCAUGCGAGUUGGCCCAGGAAAACAUCAGACGUUACAUUCCUGCAUGGGCUAAUCGCAAUGACGUUCGAAAGGCUCUUCAUGUCUCUGAGGAACUUGAUGAUAUAGAAUGGGUGCAAUGUAAUGAAAGAAUGAAAUUUGACUUUCAUAAAACGGAAGACAUACCUUAUAAUCACAAUGUCCAAAGUAGUGUUGCCUAUCAUAGACUCCUUACUACCAGAAAUUGCCGCGCUCUUGUAUAUAGUGGGGAUCAUGACUUGCUUGUUCCAUAUUUGGGGACACUGAAGUGGAUUGAAUCACUAAAUUUGUUAGUCACAGAUGAUUGGAGACCAUGGCUUUUUGACGAGCAAAUAGUCGGAUACACCAUGACAUACUCAAUCCACGACUACAACUUGACGUUUACUACUAUAAAGGGAGAAGGUCACACACCUCAAGAGUACAAGCCGAAAGAACACCUAAGCAUGAUUAGGAAAUGGCUUGCUAAUGAUGUCCUCUAAGAAACAUUUACUGUGUUUCAUGUUUCUUUCUUAUCUUAUAUGCAUCAUAGCUUUUAUGUUUCUACUAUAUAUAAGUCAAUUUCAACUAAUAAUGUAAUGUUUUUAUACUUUAAAUAAUGCAUC